CCAGGCACGGGGGUGCGCGUAUAAACACACACACACACACACAGACAUGAUUUCAUUUCAGGGCGAGCGAGCAUGACUGAAGAAUGAGAAUGAGAGACGCGAGGGGGGGUUGGUAGAGAGACAGUUGAAGCAGAGAGAGAGAGAGACUGAGCGUGUGCAGAUCAGUCGUCAGCAGGGAGAGGAGACUUCUGAGGAGAAGUCAGACAGAACAGAGCGGGAAUCAAACCGACGACCUGCUGAGGACGAGGAGCUGCUUCUGUCGACAGGAGGAAAAGGUGUGUGUCGCCAUGGCUCUAGGUGUGUGUGUGUUGCUGAGUGUCUGUGUUGGUGUGUGCGUGGCGUUUAACCUCGACACGUCAUUCCCACUGCUGAAGAAGGGUGGAGACGGGAGUCUGUUUGGACUGUCUGUGGCCCUGCACCAAGACCUGAAGACAGAAGCUUACCUGCUAUUGGUUGGAGCUCCCAGGGAAAAGGCGGAGCGUGAUGUUCCAGCCAAUCGAACAGGAGGAGUAUACAGCUGCCCGAUAACAGCGGACCAAUCAGACUGCAGCAGGAUGAAGCUCAUAGAUCCGAAUGUCAACCUGUCUGAGGACCUGAUUGAAGACAUGUGGUUGGGCGUCUCAGUGGCCAGUCAGGGCCGACCUGGAGGGAGGGUCCUGGCCUGUGGUCAUCGGUUCAUUAAACUCUAUGGGCCACUGAAACUCAGGCAAAUGAUUGGUCGAUGUUAUCUCCGUGGAAACGACUUGCAGUACAACCACAGCGAUAUGCACUGGCAGAACCCAGACCAGGCCUGCAAUCAUCAGGGUGAUGUCAGAGCUGAGGUCAUGUGUAACAUGGGGAUUUCAGCGUCCAUCACUCAGACUGAAAUCAUCGUCGGAUCACCUGGAAGCUACGAAUGGCAAGGAAAUGUCCACGUCUCCUGGAUGAAUCCACAUGACAUUUUCGACACCCGGAGGAGCUCCUUCCCCAACAUGGUCCGCAGGAACGUUUAUAUAGGAUAUUCAGUCACUCAGGCUCGCCGUCUUCUCUCUGAGGAAGAGGAAACCAUAGUAACAGGAGCUCCAAAGGACAGUAAAGAUGACGCUCGUGGCUCCGUGCUGCUGGCAGUGAAACGCCAUCAUCAGCUUAUUACUCAGCUGACUCUGCACGGUGAACAGACGGGCUCGUACUUCGGUAAUGCCGUAGCAACAACUGACCUCAACAACGAUGGGUGGAACGACCUGCUGGUGGGCGCUCCUUUUUAUUUCCAUCGUCAGCAGGAGGCAGGCGGGGCAGUUUAUGUCUACAUGAACUCAGGAGGAAGGUUUGAUUCUGGGCCCAGCGUGGUGCUGAAAGGACCGGCCCGAUCUGCAUUCGGCAUGGCUGUUACCGCCACCGGAGACCUAAACCAAGAUGGCUUCCAGGACUUUGCAGUUGGAGCGCCUUUCCAUGAAACAGGAACUGUGAUGAUCUGGACCGGGAGUCAUGAGGGGGUCUCUACGGAACCGAGCCAGGUGAUCAGCGGCAGCAGCGUCUCUCCGGGGUUCAGGACGUUCGGCUACUCCCUGUCCGCAGGUCUGGAUGUUGAUGGGAACAGAUAUCCAGACGUGGUGGUGGGUUCUCUGGACGACACUGUCGCUUUGCUCAGAACUCGUCCAGUCAUCCACCUUAAUAAAACACUCAGAGUUUCUCCGGACAUCGUCAACCCCAACAGCUGCAACUUCUGUAUUCAGGUGGAGGUGUGUUUCUCCUACAUCUUCAGCACCGGAGAGAAAAGCGACAGCGACAACAUCACCGUCCACUUCACUGUGUCCGCUGAUGUCAGCAGCCUCAAGUCCCGCCUCCGUUUCCAUGACAACGGCCAAAGCGUGUACUCCAGUUACCUGUCAAUGCCACAAAAACAAUGUGAAUCACUGUCAGUCGGACUGCUGAGUCCAGUCCAAGACAAAAUAGAACCUCUGGUGUUCUCCCUGAACGUCUCUCUGUACAAGAAGCUUCCGAAGAAAAGGAGUGCUGUACAGGAUCUGAGACGCCUCCCUGUGCUGAGCCAGACACCCCAACCCAUCAGAACCAAGAUCCAUAUCCAGAAGGCUUGUGGCUCUGAUAACCGUUGCCACAGUAACCUGCAGAUGACGGCCCGAUUCACAGAUGAAAACCAGAAACCCUUCCCCAUGCAGGAGGGUAGUCAAGUGUUGCACUACAACGCCAGCAUAAGCAGAUUGUUUCUGGAGGUUGUUGUCACCAACACACCAUCACUGGGCCAACCAGCUGAGGAUGCUCACAAUGCCAUUGUGAACAUUAGCAUCCCGCCAUCACUCAUAUACUCUGGAGUUCGAACAAAGAUUGUGAAGGGUGACACCACAGCAGCACUGAAGUGUCUUGUUGAAGACAUUGUUCUUCUGUGUGAACUGGGGAACCCAUUCAAAAGCAACCAGGAGGUUAAGGUGUUGAUCAUAUUUCAGCCGUCUGAGAUCAGUUUGGACACCAGAGAGAUUCAGUCACUGCUGCAGCUGUCCACUCUCAGCGAACAGUCAGAUCUGUUUCCCGUCUCUGUCUCCAUGUUGGUGGAGUAUUCACUGCAGACAUCCCUCACUCUAAUCAAUCCACCUGGGCCCACAUCCUUCAGUGGUCAUGUGAUCGGUGAGUCAGCCAUGAGGAAGACGGAGGACAUUGGCAGUCUGCUACUCUUCACUUUACAGGUGCACAUCAACGGGAAGCCACUGGGUCACCUUGGCAACCUGGAGGUGGAGUUUGAUUGGCCGAGGGUGGUGUCCAAUGGGAAGUGGCUGCUGUACCUGACAGAGAUCCAAGUGAACGGAACCUUGGAGCCUCGCUGCAAUCCACCCGGCAACAUCAUCAACACUCUCAACCUCACGAUGUCAAAGGAGGAGAAGAAGAACAGGGGGAGGAGGAGUCGGGGGGAGGCGGUGGAGAAGGAGAAGAGGGAGAAGCAGACUGAAAGAAUUCUACCUGUCCUCCACCUGCAGGGACAGAAGAAGAAGUCCUUCACUCUGGACUGUGCGCACGGGGCUAAAUGUGUGACAUUCGUCUGUCCAUUGAUCAACAUGAACAAGUCAGCGAUACUGACAGUCAGAGCCAGGCUGUGGAACGCCACCAUGAUCGAGGAGUACAGCGAUGUAAGGAGCGUCGUGGUUCGUGCCCGGGCGACUCUGAAACUGCAGACUAACAAACCCACCAUCAACAUGGAGCCUCACAGCACAGAGAUUGGGGUCUACAUUUAUCCGGACCUGGGACAGCAGGUGAACUCCGGCGCCCCCUUGUGGAUUAUUGUGGUGUCCGUCCUGGCUGGAGUCUUACUUCUGGCUCUGAUCUGCCUGCUGCUCUGGAAGUGUGGCUUCUUUGUGCGUCGAACGGCAUGGCAGACCGCAGCGCUGCACCAGGGGAGGAUUAUGGGUGAACACGAGCAGCAGCAGUACACAGACUCUAAUUGUUUCCUGGUUCAGGACCACAUCCCCUCAUUCAGGAACAGGAAGUCACAGAAACACUGGGUCACCUCCUGGACCGAGACUCACUGAGACACUGGCAAACAUGUCCUGAACCAGACCAGACCAGACCAAACCAGAUCAACACACUGCCAGACUAAAUGUGUGUGUGUGUGUUAUGUGACAACCCCUUAACUUGUUUACAUUCACUCCAGUGUGUAUUAAAAGUGGAGAUAUGAGGUUUUCAGCUGACAUUCUAAGUCGGUUAAUGUGGAUGUAAAUAUUUGUUUGUAAACAGCAGAUGGUGAUUUUUGUUUAUGUGGAAGAUUCAGUUUAUCAUUUCUGUUACUGAAUCAUUUCGUUUUCCCAGCAUGCUCCUGUAAGGCCUCUGAGUAAUUCAGUGUUAUUUAUUCAGCUCAUUCCACGAUCGAUAGCCUGACCCCAGAUCAGCACUGAAGGCGACGAGAAAAGAUUUUCAGUGAUAACAUCGUCCACGUGUCCAGAUCAUGGAUCGACUAAUAGAUGUGAUACGGCGCCUCCACUCAGCUGGUGGUCAGUCAUGGUACUGCAGCUAAGACCUCCAUUAUAUAUAUAACGUAUUGAUAAAGCUACCGACUCCUCCAACUGCAAACAAGCUCAGUUAUUACUUUUCAUAUUGAUCAAAUUCUAAUAUAUGAAGGUUUUAUAUUUGAUCAAUUUUCCCAGAGACUAGAAAAGACAUUUUUACCUGAGUGACAAUGAUAAAAUCAGUGUUGACAGGUUUUCAUGUGAUCUGAUUAUUUUGUUUUUAAAGGGCUGCUUGUAAACUCCUCGCUCUUCUUUUAGAAAGCUGGAAUUAUUUUGUGUUAUUUUCAGGUGCUGAAGGAUCUGUGUUUUUAUAUAACUGAUAUUUCUGACAGCACUUGAACGUAGCAGCAGUGUAUGUGUAAAAUCCUCUGUCCUGUUCAGGUUGUGUGGUUGUGGUGUGUAAUCACUGGGCUGCAGUGUUUAUCAGUAUACUCUCUGGUAAUAUUAAAGUAUUUUGGUAGU